GAAGGGCCUCCCUCAGCCGUCGCCAGGGCAACUGUGACAUCAUCGAGCACUAAAAGCUUUUAACCGGAUUCCUCUCCCGCUUUAGGCCCCAUUUUGAGUGCUCUUUCAGUCCGUCUGGGAGGGGGAAGUGCAAAGGCAGGCCUUCGCGUGUGCUUCAUGAGCUCACUGCACCGCACCAAAUUCUAAAAGCCUUUCAAAGCCCAACAAUCUAACCAGGCCAUUUUUUGGGGUGGGUGGGGGGUCGGGACGGGGUGAUUGUGGGGCGGACAUGGCAUCGGGAGAUGAGUUUGGAUAUCUCAUUCCGCCAUCCCAGGGCGAGAAGCACCGGCGGGCCCCCAACUGGACCGACGGAGAAAUGAAGGCCCUGCUCUACGUUUGGGAAGAGAACCACAACGAGCUGAAGACCAGCAAGAGGAAUGCCAAGGUUUACGAGAGGAUGUCGCAGCGCUUCUUCCAGCUGACAGGCGAGCAACGCUUCAAGGAGGAGAUCAAGAUGAAGAUCACAAACAUGUCCUUCCAAUACAGGCGACUGAAAUCCAACGCCAUGGAAAAUGGCGAGACGCCCGACUGGCCGUAUUAUAAGGCCAUCGAGAAGAUCCUAUCGAAACCUCUGGAGGUCGUGCAAGCCAACUGGUCAGAGUCCCUCGUCGGGUCGCAGGCCUCGAGCGCCGGGACCUCCUCCCAGGCCCCCGGCAACCCCUCGGCCCAGCCGGAGGAGACGGCGAUGGGCUACCUGCCCGAGUACACGGGCUCCUCGGACGAAAUGGAGAUCAAGCAGGAGCUGGACACUUGGACCUCUGACAGUGAGCAGACCCAAGGCUCCAGCUCCCAUCCAGUUUCAAGCAAGCAAAAGAGCACAAAAAGACAGCAUUCCCUGAAGCGGAAGAAGCUGCAGCUGAUGCAGGCCAUGCUGCGGCAACAGAAGCGCUCCAACCAAGCCAUCGAGGACACGUGCAGGGAGGUCCGGCGGGCCUUGCACCAGCAGAACCUGGUCCAGGUCCAGUGUAUGCAGCUGCAGGAGCGCAUGAUGAACCUUCUGGAGAAGAUGAUCCUGCCGUCCUCCACGAGUGGGAAGAACCAAAUCGGAAAUUCCAGCGUAGCUUCCUUGUAG